AUGAGCGUUUGUCAAGAGUUACGCACGCUCAAUGACCGGAUUUUUGAGUGUGAGAAUAGCCAAGCGGUUCAGCAGAAUGCUGCCAAUGCGAAGAAGCUCGUGGCAGAUAGACUGGCUUUGGACUCGCUCAAUUACCAGCAGCAACAGGUAGAGAAGGAGAUUAAUACCUUGCAAGAGCAGCAGAAGAGAGAAUUGGAAUCGAUCCCUGUUACCGAGAACGUGGAGGAAAAGGAGGAAGCGGAUCUAUCGUCUCUGAUUACCAGACAGGAAAAGGUUUCAGAGGAAAUAGCAAAGAAGGAGCAAGCGAUAGACCAGUAUGCAGGACCUGGAAGGAAUGCAAAGAACGCAAACAAACCAGGGAAACGUCUGAAGAUCGUGCCAAUGAAUGGAUCUUCUUCUUCUUCUUCUUCUUCUUCUUCGGAAGAACUUAUUGCAGAAAUAGAAAAGCUGCAAGCGAGGUUGAAACAGCUGAAGGAGGACAUUCAGCUGGAGAACGCAGAGGAACAGACGCAGAACGACGAAUCGGUGGAGACUUUGCUGGAGCGAGCGAAGGUGAUCGAAGAGGGAAUGAAUGCGCUCAGCGCUCUCAUCGAAAGCACGAACGUCCGCGUGAAAAAGCUGAACGAAGCGACCUUCGAGACGAUCUCCAAACAUUUCAAAUCGUUUUGCAAGCGAUUGAUCCCAGAGAAAGACAUCGAGCUGAUUUCCUCUGAUAUUGACAGGGAAAUCGCGAUUCAAAUCCGAAACGACUGCAACGAUUCCUGGAAAACAACGUUGGUGGAACUGUCCGGAGGGCAGAAGUCGCUCGUCGCGGUCGCGCUGGUAUUAGCCCAAGUGAUGUAUCACCCAUUUCCUCUGUACAUAUUCGAUGAAAUCGACGCUGCGUUGGACGAAGAGAACACAGAGCGCGUGGUGGGUCUGAUCAACGAGGUGAUGGUGAAGCUGAACAUCCAAGUGCUCAGCAUCUCGCACCACGCGUCCUUCCAUGCGAACGUGGGGAAUGUAAUCUCCAUCAAACGUGAAUGA